AUGGUUGUCCCCAACUUUCACUCACAUCUCGCACAGGUGGAAGUGUGCGAAGUGUUGUACAACAUUCGCGUACUCAAGAUGAAGGAUUCGGUCUUCAUCUACAUCGGCCAGGAUAAGGCGGAAUCGUUUGACGAGAUGGCUGUAGCGAUGCCAAAUGCAUACAACGCGUCCGAUGUGCUGGGUACCACCAUCAUUGGCCCAACGGAUGGUAGUGGCGCACAGGAUCUAGCGCAGCGACUUGCAAAAAAGCUCAAGAAACAGGUUUACCUCAGCCUUGGAUCAUCCGUCCCGAACGAUCGUAUUGUGCGGCCAUCAAUCGAGAAGAAGAUAUUUGACGAUAUCAAAAACAACAUUGAAUGCUUUUGAGCUACGACGAAGGAACAGGCGUGGAACAAUGGAAUUACAUUAUAGAGAAGAAGAAAAUAAGAGAGCUACAUUACACUCAUAAUACCUCAUAGGAGGAAGGAUCGCUUUUUACGUACGUUGGGCGUGUGAUUUUUACAAAUGCUUUGCUAAGGAAUUAUCAGAUUAUUGCUGUGCCGUAUAAUAUUUUUUGAAAAUAAAUACAAUACAUAAGCGGGAAU